AUGUUAAGUGUUUUCAUAGUAAACGCUGGAUUCUUACGGAGUAUUUAUAAUUUACAGCACAAGAAACGCGGAAAGCACGAAGUACGAAACAAAGAAAACGUUAUAGAAGAAGUGUUGGAUGUAGAAGUUAAAGAAAACGAAAAGGAUUCAGCGGAAACUGAAAAGGAAAAAGACAAACCAUGCUACGAAAUCAAACAGUCGGAUGUUAUGGGACGAUACGUGGUGGCCAGUCGAGAUAUAAAGCCAGGCGAGGUGAUUGUGGAAGCUCCAGCGCUGGCUGUGGGUCCCUGCAGCGGCUGCGGGCUUAUCUGCCUUGGCUGCUACAGAGAGCUCGACGAGAACAAUAUAUACAAAUGUACAGGUUGUAACUGGCCAUUGUGCAGUAAGAGUUGCCCAGGUGUAGGGUAUUAUACUGGACACUCGAGCUACGAGUGUGAAGCUUUAAAGGACUCGUCACCAAGCUACGCGAACAUUGAGGAGCUGAAGGAAUGCUACCACGCCCUCAUGCCAUUGAGAUGCCUUCUUCUCAAAACGGCGGACCUUGACAAGUGGGAAGGGGUCAUAGCCAUGGAGGCUCACAACGAAUUACGCAAGUCCCGGGGUGACAUAUGGCCGGCAAACGAGAGGAAUGUUGUCCAGCGGUUGAAGAGCUGGGGUUUCGAGUUCGAUGACGUGGAGAUACACACUGUUUGUGGGAUAUUGGAGGUGAACGCAUUCGAAGUCGGCGGCAACGGAGCGAACGCGCGCGCGUUGUACGACGGCGCGUUCCUAUUGGCCCACGACUGUACGCCGAGCACAACGCACACGGACGCAGAGCGGGCGCCCGGCAGACCUCUCACGGUCAGGGCCUCGGUGGCGCAUCGGGCGGGAGACCUCGUAUCGCUCUGCUACGCUUAUACCUUACAGGGAACCCUAAAGCGUCGUGAGCACAUCCGCCUGAGCAAGUUCUUCGAAUGCCACUGCAGACGUUGUUCAGACCCUUCGGAGCUAGGCACCUUCGCGAGUGCCUUCCGCUGCCCCAGGUGCUCGGGCAGGAUCCUCUCCACCGCGCCAUUGGAGCCCAGAGCCCCCUGGAGGUGCCUGGACAGUGCAUGCACCUACACCAUGACAGCGGGGGGAGUACAGGCGAUGCUCAAAAGGUUGACAGAAGAAUUGGAGCAAAUAGACGCGAACGACGUAGAAGGCUUCGAGAAGUUUCUCCACAAGUACCGCAACGUGCUGCACGACAACCAUUACCUGUGCCUGUCCGCGUUGCACUCCCUGAGCCAACUCUACGGCAAAAUCUCCGGCUUCAUGAUCCACGAGAUGCCGGAGUCCCAGCUGCACAGGAAGAUCGAGAUCUGCCGCGACCUGAUGAAGGUCUUCGACGUCAUCGAACCGGGAUACUCCAGGUUACGAGGUAUAACAUUGUAUGAACUUCACGCACCUCUGAUGGUGCUAACCACGAGGGACUUCGAGAGGAAAGCGAUCACCAAAGAGAAUCUCAGGACCAGAUUAAAAGAGAUCGUGAGUUAUUUAACGGAAUCGGCCCUAAUCCUCGACUUCGAGCCGAAACAGUCCCCCGAGGGCCUCAUGGCAACAGCCGCGAGGGACGCUCUGGAUAAGAUCAAGACUUGGGAACAAAUUAUUGGGAAAAUAUCAUAA